GUGAACGGUGGUAGUGGUGGUGGUGCCGACAAGUGAUAUAAUCGUCGUCGUUCUUCCUUUUCUUCUUUUUUAUGCCCGUUGUCGGACUCGCAUGUUUAAUUGUUAACGCACUACGUUUUACCACAAGGAAAUUUUAUUUUUUAAUCUUUAUUUUUUUUUUUGGUUUGAAUAUUUUAAAUUUUACAUGCUCACUAUUCGUGAGUUUAAUUGUAUGAUUAUUUUUUCGUAUUAUCGUUGAGACGCGCACGUACGUCAUACACAUAGAAUUACUAUCAUCGCCGUUGUUGUUGUGUCACUUUUCGCUGUGCACGAACGGACUACGUACCGGAGUCACCCAGUGGCUAUAUUUUCUAGCUGAGUUUUUCCAAUUAUUGAAAAUCUGUUGACCGUCUCGGGGUCGCCAUUACACGUGGCCCAUUGCGUUCGUUUCCAUACCAUCGUAGUAGCAUGAACGUCACGCCGGUCGUGGCGCUGUGCUCAAUGAGUUUGUGAGCGUGUGUUAUCAUACUGUGAAUAUCUGCAGUUUAAUUGUCGCGUCGAAAAGUGAACCGACAUCAGUAAUAGUUACGAGGUAUUCCACGAUUCCAAAUUUGUAGUGUCAACAUUCAUAUCACAUACGACAUAUGGAGACAUUUUCGGAUAUAAUUUGCACUUAACGUUGAACGAGUCGUAUGCAGUGUCCGCUAUGAUGUUGCCGUCGUUCUUCUGUAUGCACCAAUCAAACUACCACACAAACUUGUUUGUUCAAUACGUUUAGACAUAUAUUUGAUAUACUAUGAUAAUGGACACUACGUCGACUGCUAAUAUGGCACAGCAGCAGUCGCCUGCUUAUGGGCUCAUGAAACGUGGGAAACGUGGUGCAGCUGCACUCAUUGCAGCUGAUUGUUGUAAUGCCGCAGCCGAUGCAACUACCAUCCCUCAACAGCAGCAAGAUGAUGGUGGUGGAGAUGCAGCUGCAGCUGAUUCCGCUCUGACCCGUUGUAAGUUACUGGAUGAUAUGUUGGACGUGCUGCUUAAUCCAUAUGAUGCGAUUGGCGAGUGGAAUAAUUUGGACUGGUUACGUUGGUUAAUGGCUGGUGGUAAAACCCUAGAUGAAUUUAGCAGUGCAGUCAAAGUAUAUGACUAUGGUACAUGUUGUGGCCUCGUUUGGACAGCCAAUUAUGUAGCAUAUAGAUGUCGCACUUGCAGUAUAUCUCCUUGUAUGUCCCUGUGUGGAGAUUGUUUUAAGCGUGGUGAUCAUACAGGUCAUGAUUUCAAUAUGUUUCGUUCUCAAGCAGGAGGGGCAUGUGAUUGUGGAGACACAAGUGUAAUGAAGCCUGAUGGGUUUUGUAGUAAACAUAGCAGUACAAUUAAUAUUGAUGGUACUAGCACCAGCAGUAAUAGUGGUUGUAAACAACCUCCUGCCGAUUUAUUGAGGGUAGCUGAGAGAAUAAUGCCAAGACUUUUGUUACGAUUAGUGCAGUAUUUACGUGAAAACAGUAAAAUUGCCGAUUCUAGAACAAGCAAUACCCAUGUACCACCUGGAGGCGUUGCUGGUGCUGGAAUGACAAAUCAGCAACAUAAUUUAUUACUUAUAGACUUGGACCCAUUUUUGGGUAUGCUGCACGACCUUGGUGCCCUUGGAGCUGCUAUGCGACGUGUCAUGACUGUGUCUCUAACCAACGAAAGAAUAUACCGAUGGGCAUGUGAUUAUUACAGUAGCACGGGUAAUUUUGCUAAUUUUGGCAGUGAUUCUAGUCUACAGCAACAACAGCAACAGCAACAACAGACUAUUUAUACUAUAUACACAGAUAAGGUGCGUCGCUAUUAUGCUGAAGCUAUACAUCAAUACACUGCAUCAACAUCAUCGCCGUCAUCAUCAAGCAGUCGUCGACGACGUCGCAGUAACCCAACAAUUGGAGAUGUUAUUCAUGGCAAUAACAGCCUUAGUAAUUCUGAAGACGAGGAUGAUGAUGAUGAGGAUGAUGAAUUUGGACAAGGUGAUUGGCUUGUUGAUGGUCAGAUUAAUAGAAAACGAAAGAACAAACUGAAUCAUUCCAGUUUUUUGCAAGAGAUUGUUUUUUGGACCGUACGAUAUGAGUUUCCUCAAAAAAUGGUCUGUUUUCUGUUGAACAUGUUGCCUGAUGCGGCAUAUAAGGAAGCAUUAACUGAAGCAUUUGUUAUGCACUAUGGAUGUGUUGCUCGUGUUUUGGCAACAACAAGAGACUCAGAUACCCUCUCCAACCAUAUUGUUCACAUUAGCGUCCAAUUGUUUAGUAAUGAAGCAUUGGCCACUCGGAUGGUCGACAAAUUAGGAUUACUCAGAAUAAUGGUAUCAAGCUUAAGGCGUAUGAUGACAAAAAUACUGAUACCUUCAACAUUACAUGAUCCUAUGAAAAACAGACACAGGGUUGUAGAUUGUUCAAAGGCUGUUAUGAAAGAGCAUUGUUAUUGGCCACUGGUUAGCGAUCUAAACAAUGUAUUAUCGCAUAGGCCGAUUGCAGUUAAAUUUAUGUGUGACGACCGUUUAUUGGAUUCGUGGUUUUCAUAUUUGUCAAUGUUUCAAGGAAUGAAUGUUAAUUGUCGAGAGUUGGGUCAUCAUGUUGAAUUUGAACCAAACACUUAUUAUGCUGCUUUUAGUGCUGAACUUGAAGCUAGUGCAUAUCCAAUGUGGGCCAUGCUGUCGCAUCUCACAUCAGCCGACACUUUGGCACUAUCAUCCCGUGUGUUACGCGCUUGUCUCAAACGUCUACGUAAAUGGCUUAUAGAUGUAGGUUACUACUAUAAUCAAGACCAUGGAAAUGUUUGUGGUGGCACUGCUUCCUCUUCUGCUAACUACAAUGCAAGUACUUCCACGUCCAUAAUUCGACGAUUAGAUGAUCGUCAUCAGUUCACUUUUCACCUGCCUUUGCACCGGUAUUUGGCAGUAUUUUUGUGUCAAGCUGUGCGUGCUCAAGGUGCCCGUAUAGAAGACAUUAUUCCACGAAGCAACACAAAUGAUCCAGCAGAUAGAGACUCGUUGUUAAUGGCAAUUGCUGCACACCCUGUACGUGCUCAAUCAGCAUUCUACGAAAUCAUGCAGGGUGCAUGGGUGCGUAAUGGCCUACAAAUUAAAGGCCAAGCUAUGACAUAUAUCCAAUCAAAUUUUUGUAUAUCCAUGGUAGAUGCUGACAUUUAUUUACUUCAACUUUGUCUAUCUGAAUUAUCAGAUGCCAACAUAUUCAUGUCUUUAAUAUUGGAAAAGUUUAAAGUAUAUGAUUGGAUGCAUGUAGUCAAACAUGGCGGAUUACCUCAAGUUAUGGAUUCAGAGGAAUAUGAUGCUGCACCUAGUAUGGAAGGUUUAUUAGUUUUCCUUGCCACUUUAAUAGGUGUCCGUACCAAUUUAUGUUCCGAUGAAGAUUAUGAUUAUUGUCAGUCACAAUUAGAAAUGGUAACAUUAUUAUGUGUUUCUGAUAAAACACACAGCCAGUUAAUGGAAUUAAUGCCUGAACGCUGCGGUGGUAUUCAAACUAGCGCCACAACUACCACAAGUCCUAUAAAUACCAGUGGUGACGGUGCAUCUCGAAAUCCCCCCUCCCUUGACCAAGAAUCUCCACCAGCUAUGCGUGAUUUUGAAACUGUAUUACAAGCUGUGGCUGAGUAUAAGAGACCUCAAUUUGAAGCAUCUGGUAACAUGCAACAAGGACUCUAUGUGCCUUUAGCACAUGUCUGGCAAAAACUGUACGACCCAGUGCAUGUGCUUUUGAGAGCUGUACAUAGACGUGAUUUCCAAUCAUCCAUGGACCGUUAUACAACAUUCAUGCGUACUAUUGGAUUAUUGAAACAAAAUCAAAAUACUUGGCCUCCGUAUAGGAUGCCACAAAAACACCAUCCAGCAUAUCGCAAUCCUUGCAGAGCACUGUUAUCUAAGUUAUUUCACGCUGUUGUCUGGCAUUGUCUAUACCGUUCAGCAGUUUACCGAGAUAUUAGUGAACAUACACUCAGUCUAUUGGUCUAUCUUCUAGACCAGGCGUGGAUAUGUUAUAGUAACUCUCCCGUUGACAAUACGACAUCUAAUAAUCGACAACAACCAAUGGAUACAGAUCCUCCAGCUAAGCAGUCUGCAUCGACAUCUUCAGCAGCUUCAACUGGAGAAUGUUUCUAUGAAAGCGUUAAUACCAAAAGCUGUCCAAAAAGAAAGAUCAAAAUAACCGUAGCAGAUGCUAGUAAUUCUGACAGUGAAACAGCUAAUGCCAAAGAAACAACACUCCUAUUAUUGAAUCGUUGGUAUGAUCAUGACGAUUUGGCACACAAUUUGUGCACUACUAUUACACAUGUUGAAUUGCCACCACCAUACUACCAUUAUUUUUUUGGCGAAGAAGCAACUAAUGCUUCUUCUAAUGCAACAGCUGCCUCAACAAUGGCAACCAAUUUAUUUGAUUAUUUCACAUCGUCUGUAGCAGCAGCUGCUUCGGUGGCUAGCUCUUCAUCACCAAUAACAGUUUCUCAUAAUUUAGAACCUGGUAACUCACAACAACAGCCUAAUGUUGUUCCAUCUUUGGCUACAAUAGCUGGCAACGAAAUACCUCUUGCUAGUUCAUCUAUUCCUACACGUUCACCUUUUUAUAGCUUAAAUGCUGCAGCAGCUGCUACAUCUUCUACAAUGGCAGAUUCUGCGUUGAAUCGUGUUAAACAACGUUUACAAUUCUUACGCCCUCCUCCACCAAAAACAGAUUCACCUACACAUGAGCAGCAUCAGUCAUCAUCGUCCUCGUCAUCGUCAUCGUCAGAUAUACCAGUUAUUAUUGAUCUUACUAUACCUGAAUUUCCGUUUGAGGCUAUUCCAAAUAACGAUAAUGAAUCAUCAAUAUUGGGAGUUGAUAGAAAUCAGAUGGUAAUAGAAGUUGAUGACCAACAAAAUUCAUUAGUGUGUAUAAAUGAGAGUAUCAUUUCCUUACUUUUAAAAUUGCACUCUCAGUUGUCGGGUGAACCAGAUUCAUAUCAACUGCCUAUAAUUUCAUCGCAUCCAACCACUUCUAGUAAUUUAAUUGAUGAGGCCAAGACAAACCAAUCAACAUCAGAAAAUGAUAAUAUCAAAGAAGAAGUACCACCGUGUGGUGAUGGGGCAUUUUUUGUGGGUCGUUUAUUAGAUAGGAUAGCUAAGGGGUCGUCAUCAUGUUAUGAUUGCAUAUUGCGUACUAGAGUGGCAUUAUGGCCAAUAGCAGUGGUAAUGCGUGAAACAGCUUCAAGGGAUGAUGAAGAGCGUGAGCGACGGGAACGUAAACGCCGGGCUCGUGACAAGCAACAGCAAAUGAUGGAAGAAAUGGCACGAGCGCAACGGGCAUUCCUUGAAAGUGCACGCCGCUCUGGGGAUCUAGAUUCUACUGAUACACAAUCACAAUCUACCAGUGCAACUAAUACAAAUAUGGAAUGUGACGUACCGGCUCCUACUGUGGAGAUAUCUACUUCGACUACUUGUAGUAAUGAAGCCUCUACAUCAACGUUAGCAAAUACUAUAGUUGAACUAGAUGAAAACAGUAGUAGUAGUAAUAGUACAACAACAACCACAAAAGAAUCGACUACCCAUAUUCGCGGACCUGAUCAACAUGAAGCUACAUUGACUGUGGAUUGUGUGAUUUGUAAUCAGACUGUGAUAGUACAAAUAGAACAACAGCGUCAAGAUCCAGUAGGACUAGUGAUAUUAGUUCAAGGUACUAACGUUUUAGCACAUAGACGACAUAUUGUUUCACAACCAAUAGAGUCAACCAAUCAAUACAAUGCCAGUAAUAGCAAUACUACCGAGUAUCAUCAACAACAACAACAAGACACAGAAAAAGCCACGGGUCUCACAAAUAGUAAUAAUGUUGAAAACAAAUGUGUAGUCAAGAAUGAACAAAAUUAUUAUCAUUAUUGGCCUUCUUUACCACCGUUGAAUUCACAGCAACAUCACCAGCAAUCUACAUCUGUAAUCAAUGACUCUAAGUCACAGCAACAACAUAAUCAACCAAUAGUGACAACAAUUGCUGAUAAUUACGAUGCAACUACAUAUGCAUCACAUUCUGACCGCCGCAAACGUCUAAUGUCACAAUAUUUUAACAACUUGGAUAAGGCUGAUUUUGAAGUUGGAUCCCUUACAACUACUACUAGUGCUACUCCAGUUGGUGGCAAUGUCCAUGUACAGACUUGUGGCCAUCACUUACAUUUGAGGUGUUGGAGUUCAUAUCUGGCAUCAUUACGUGGUGCUCAGCGUUUUAAUUCAGACCGUGGUGAAUAUAGUUGUCCACUUUGUCGGCAAUUAGCUAAUUCCUUAAUGCCAUUAAUACCAGAAGUUGCUAUUGAUCAAAACCAGCAACAACGUGGCUGUGCCCCUUAUAACACUAUUAAUACCCCAAGUGCUAUGUCUGAUGCUAUGAGCAAACUGACAGAACUAGUCAAACAGCAAGAAUAUGAAUCACCGAAUCCAGAACAAUCUAGUGAUGCGGUUUGCUGCAGUGAAACAUCAACUUCAGUUUUUAUCGGCGAUACAGAGAACAUUGUUAAUCGACAUCCUUUGCAUCAGAAUGUUCAUCACCAUCAUUUUAAUGAUGAUGAUUAUUUUCUGAUACAGGACCAAGUACAUGACAUUAGUCCUGCUGGUGGUGCAGAAGAUGGAAUUGGUGGCAAUGGAGGAGAGGGUGAAGAGUUAGAAAGUGGAGAAGAUCCUUUGUUGAAUGCUGUUAAUAGAUGUGUGAGUGAUAUGAUUACUACAACGGUAGUUACAGCAGCAGCUCAAACUGUAUCAUUGCCACAUACAUUAUUGACAUCAACUCAACGAGAAAAAAUGUACAAGGUAAGAUGGCAUAGUGUUGUAUCUGUCGCUUGGACGAAUAUCCAAGUGGAAUUGGUGCAGCGUAACAACAGUCUUAUAGAACAACUGCAGCAAGAACAGUCAUCAUUACACCGCGGUAAUAAUUAUUAUCGUCACCUCAAUUUGUUUUCUGCUACUGCAGUUAAUGCUACAGAUAUCAAUGGUAGCAAUAAUUAUUACAACAUGCUGCCCAAGCGCAAUUGUAUAGCACCAUUGUUGAAAGUGUUGCGUGUGAGCGCUCGAUCGCUGAUGGCCAAAUACCAGACACCUGAUUAUAAUCCCAUUAGUGAUGUUUGGCACAAAUUAAUCGGGUGCGAACAGCCAAGAAAACAGUUAAGCAAUACUUAUCCACCAUUAUUAAUGCGUGAUCCAUGCUCCGUACUCUUACAACUUGUGUUGUUAUUACCUUCACUAGACCGCGAUUUGUUUGAUACUUUAAUCAAACUCACAUACAACAUGCAACUGUAUGUGGCCGCAUUAAAAGUCGCAUCCACGUGGAAUCGUAACUGUAAAUUUAACCGUCAACUUUAUCACCGCCGACGACAUUACAGUAGUCUCAAUACAAGACAAAUGUCAACAAGAAAUGAAGAAAGAACUGAUGAAAGCACUAGUGUUCAAAUGGAUUUAGAUGAUGGAUGCAAUAAUAAGCUAUCAUCGUUAUCAAUGGAUAUUACCGAAGUUGACAAUACACUAUCACUGACACCCUUAUUUUCACAAGUUGUAGCCUUGGCCAAAACUAUAGUGUUUUUGUCGGAUGACGAUGAAACUGAAAUAGUCAACAUCGGUUCAAUAGUAAAUAAUGAUGACGAAUUCAUGAUGCACCAAGAAGAAGAGGGUGUUGAAAAUAUUGUUAGUGAUAACAAACUUGAUAGGUCAAUAGACACCUCAGAAGAUGAUGGUGAAAUAAUAUUGUCGCUAGAAUCUUACGGCAGACGAAGUACAUUGCCAUUUUUGCGGUUUGCCGCUCUUUUGAAAAAAUAUAUUAACAGUGAUGAUGAUGAUAAUCUAGACGACCAUUCUGAGUUAACAUUAUCAUCGUCGCAACUAAAUAACUUGAAUGUAGAACAGAACAAACAAAGAGAACAACUAUUGGAUAGCCAAGAAAUUUCUCCGCCACUGGCCGAAGUUAACUGUAAUGUGGAUUUUUCAACUUCAAACGAUCUUCACCAUCAUCAAAAUUGGUCAAAAGACGAUUAUGAAUAUCUAAUUCUCGCCCGGUAUUUAAAACUGUUAAACAAUAACGAAGAUGCACAUGAGGUCAGUGAUCAUUGUGAAGAAAGCUAUAACUACAAUUGUUCAUACAUUGAACAUAAUGACGAUCAAAACCAGAAAAAUUGUGAAAAAAGACAACAUAUGCCAUUGCAGCCACCAUCUGCCAUGGAAGCUGUCAUAUGGCCACAAUGGUCGUAUUCUACCAAUGAUAAAAAUAAUAAAAUUUCAACAACUAUUUCUCGUACUUGGCUGACAUCUUUUCGAGAAUCAUUGACGACCAAAAUACCUAAAGCCACUAUCAUCGGUGAAAAUACUACUACCAUAGUUUCUUCUGCAGCUGCUGAAAUCGACCCUAAUUCUAAAGCCACCACUUCAGCUAAUAUCAUAAUGGCCGCACGUAUGUUACUUUUUGCUGACUGUUGUGAUGGUGGUGGUGUUAGUGAUGACACUAGAGCUGGUAUCAUAGAUAGCAGCCGUAGUUUGUUCCCACCAAUCACUUGGACGGGGCCUCGAUUGUUGAAGCUGCCACAUCUGUAUGACGAAGUUUUCCAGUACUACCAUGGCAGGGCCUGUCAUCGGUGUCAUGGCGUGCCACGAGAGACGAGUGUGUGCUUGGUUUGUGGUACCGUGGUAUGCCUGAAAGAAAAUUGUUGCAAAACAAAUCACAUUUAUGAAGCAGUACAACACUCGUUGGAAUGUGGCGGCGGUACGGGUAUGUUCUUGGUUGUGACUUCCAGCUCCGUUGUAGUAAUUCGUGGAAAACGGGCAUGUCUUUGGGGGUCUGUGUACCUGGAUGCAUUUGGUGAAGAAGAUCGUGAACUCAAACGUGGAAAACCGUUAUAUUUAAGUGCGGAACGGUACAGACUGUUGGAACAUCAGUGGUUGGCACAUCGAUUUGACCACACUAAUAAGAAAUGGGUAUGGCACAGAGAUGCGUUGUAAAUAUUACGAAGAUAACAGUAAUGAUAAUGGCUUUGAUAAUAUACACAAUGUUAUUUGAAUUAGUAGUUUUAAUAAUAGUCUAACAAGCAACGGCAACUGGUGUCAUUACCAUUUCUUAAAUAAUGUUGUGAUAUAUUUCUUAUUCUAAAACCUUGAUGGUAUAUUGUGUUGUAAACAAUUUUUUAUAAUUAUUGUUAUUAUUUACGUAUGAACUAUUAUUAUUUUUAUUACUUUAACUAUUUUACUCCAAUUACAAUUAUAUUAAAAACAAUUAUGUAUAUAAAACAUGUUUAUUUAUGUGAAUUUAUCAUUAAUUAUUAUGUUGUGUGUAUGUAUGUAACAUAGCAUCAGUUCUAUAUUAUCUUAAUUAAUAUACAUAUGUAAUAGCUACAUAUUUGUGCGCCGUGUUUACUUAUCUAUUAUUAUUAUUAUAUAUUUGUUUUUUGUUGUUGUAGAAACUAUACAACUGUCAACUGUAUCAUGAAACCUAUGUAUACAUUUGAAUAAUAUAUAUUUAAUAAUAACAAUAAUAAUGAUGUAGAAUGUACAACGACUUUUUAUACAUAAAGAUUAUUUGUCAUAUUUUAGUGUGUUCCCUAAAUUAAAUCUAAGUAUUGACAUAUUAAUGUGUGGGAGAUUUAAGAGACCUAACUGAAUGCUUGUAUGUUUAGGUGGGUAAUCAACCCUUUCCACAUUUGUAUUUAUUUAUCUGUGAUAGGAAAUAAAAUAAUUUUCUUCAUAGAUUUAUAUUAUUAUUUAAAUGUAAAAAAUAUUAUUGUCAUUUUUGUAGUCAAAUGCACUGAUAUUAUUGGAGAUAUGAUAAUUUGUGUACUCAUAUUGAACUGAAAAUAUUAAAAUACCCUGAACUAACCAAAUA